AGACGCUGCUCGGUCCUCCUCCUCAGUCAGACUCCGCGCUAUCGCUGGUACAGCGGAGGAGAAGCGCUCCGCUCUGUGAUCUAGUGUAUUUGCCUCCCUCUGCACUUGUUUUGGAUUUCUAAAACCUUCCCAUAGCCUUCCAGCCUGUCGGACUUUGUCUUCUCUGGACUCGAGGAUACCUGAAGCGGUUCUAUCGCCUUUUACGCAGCGCGGAUUAUUGUGGAUCUGACCGCCGGACGCCGAGGCGCCGCGGAGGAGCGGAGAUGGAGCUGCUCGUGUUGAGUCUCUCCCUUUGGAUACUGCAAAGCAACACGGUGGACGCGGACUCCAUCAUCCACAUCGGCGCUAUCUUUGAGGAGAACGCGCUGCGGGAUGAGGAGGUGUUCCAGCUGGCGAUCUCAGACCUCAGCCUCAGCGAUGACGUGCUGCAGAGUGAGAAGAUCACCCACUCCAUCAAGCUGAUCGAGCCCAACAACCCCUUCCAGGCUGUGCAAGAAGCCUGCGAGCUGAUGAACCAGGGCAUCUUGGCGCUGGUGACCUCCACGGGGUGCGCCGCGGCCAGCGCCCUGCAGUCCCUGACCGACGCCAUGCACAUCCCGCACCUCUACGUGCAGCGCAAUGGCGAGGGCUCGCCGCGGACCGGCUGCCACCUCAACCCAAGCCCGGGGGGGCAGCGCUACACGCUGUCCGCUCGCCCACCCGUACGCCUCAACGACGUCAUGCUGACCCUCGUGGAAGAGCUGCGCUGGCAGAAGUUCAUCAUCUUUUACGACACUGAGUAUGAUAUCCGUGGGCUGCAGGGAUUCCUGGACCAGACAUCGCGGCAGGGUGUGGACGUGGCCCUGCAGAGGGUGGACCGCAACAUCAGCCAGGUGUUCACCAACCUCUUCACCACCAUGAGGACCGAGGAGCUCAACAAGUACCGGGACACUCUGCGCAGGGCCAUCCUGCUGCUCAGCCCCCACGGAGCACACACCUUCAUCCAGCAGGCGGUGGAGACAAAUCUGGCGUCCAAAGAUAGUCACUGGGUGUUUGUCAAUGAGGAGAUCAGCGACACAGAGAUCCUGGAGCUAACCCACAGUGCACUUGGGCGCAUGACGGUGGCCAGGCAGAUCUUCCCAGUGGUGAAGGACAGCCCCCUGCGCUGCAUCCGCCACAACAACCACCGCAUCUCCUCCCUGCUGUGCGACCCGCAGGAGGGCUACCUGAAGAACCUCGAGGUAUCCAACCUCUACCUGUACGACAGCGUGUUGAUGCUGGCCAACGCCUUCUACAGGAAGUUGGAAGACAGGAAGUGGCACAGCAUGGCCAGCCUCAACUGCAUCAAGAAGACCACCAAGCCCUGGAACGGAGGCUGGUCCAUGCUGGAGACCAUCCAGAAGGGUAAUAUAACAGGACUGACGGGGUUGAUGGACUUCAAGGACAGUGGCUCCAACUCUCAUGUCCAGUUUGAGAUCCUGGGAUCCAGUUUCAGCGAGUCCUUCGGCAAGGAUGUCAAGAGGCUGGCGACCUGGGACUCGGUGCACGGGCUGAACGGCAGCUUGAAGGAAAGCCGCAUCGAGAACGGGAUGCAAGGGGUGACCGUCAAGGUUGUCACUUUACUGGAGGACCCCUUUGUAAUGGUGGCUGAGAACAUCCUGGGCCAGCCCAAGCGGUACAAGGGCUUCUCCAUCGAUGUGCUGGACGCCCUCGCCAAGAUCCUGGGCUUCAAAUAUGACAUUUAUCAGGUGGCCGACAGCAAGUAUGGAUCCCAGCUGCCCAAUGGCUCAUGGAACGGUAUGAUCGGAGAGCUGAUCAACAAGCGAGCGGACCUGGCUGUGUCGGCCGUCACCAUCACCCCAGAGCGGGAGAAUGUGGUGGACUUCAGUAAGCGCUACCUGGACUACAGCGUGGGCAUCCUAAUCCGCAAACCCGAGGAGAAGAUCAACAUCUUCUCUCUCUUCGCGCCCUUUGACCUGGCCGUGUGGGCCUGCAUCGCCGCUGCCAUCCCCGUCGUUGGGGUGCUCAUCUUCCUCCUCAACCGGCUGCAGACGCUGCGCUCCUCCUCCUCCUCCUCUGCUUCCUCCACAUCCUCUGCGGUUACCCAGAAUGCACCACCAGGCCAGACGCCAGUCGGCUCCGGGACGCUGCACAGCGCCAUCUGGAUCGUGUACGGAGCGUUCGUACAGCAAGGGGGGGACAGCGUGGCGGGCUCGGUGGCGUUGAGGAUCGUGAUGGGCAGCUGGUGGCUGUUCACCCUCAUCGUGUGUUCCUCCUACACCGCCAACCUGGCCGCCUACCUUACCGUGUCACGCAUGGACCACGCCAUACGGUCGUUCCAGGACUUGUCCCGGCAGAUGGAGGUGGACUACGGCACGGUGCGGGACUCAGCCGUGUACGACUACUUCAAGAACAAGGGGACCAACCCCCUGGAGCAGGACAGCACCUACGCAGAGCUCUGGAGGACCAUCAGCGGGAACAGCGGCCUGGACUUCUCCGUGUCCAGCCCCUCGGAGGGCAUCCGCAAGGCGAAGAAGACGACCUACGCCUUUCUGUGGGACAUGGCCGUCCUGGAGUACGCCGCGUUGACCGACGACGAGUGUACGGUCACAGUGACGGGCAACGGCAUGAGUAGCAAGGGCUACGGCAUCGCAAUGCAGCACGGCAGCCCCUACCGAGACCUCUUCUCCCAGAAGAUCCUGGAGCUCCAGGAGAAGGGCGACCUGGACAUCCUGAAGCAGAAGUGGUGGCCGCGCAUGGGCCGCUGCGACCUGAACCGCCACGCCAGCGCCCAGCCCGACGGCCGCUCCCUCAAGCUGCACAGCUUCGCCGGCGUCUUCUGCAUCCUGGCCGCCGGCCUGCUGCUGGCCUGCCUUGUGGCGGGCAUGGAGACGUGGUGGAACGGCAACCGGUGCCGCCGGGAGCAGCCCAAAGAGGUUGCUAAGGAUUACAGACUGGCAAGGGUUUCUGGUCCAUUGACAUAUAAUGACAUUACAACUGCUUCAUCGGAGGGAAGGAGAGACAUUUGGACAGAGAGAGAGAGAGGCUGGGAUGAAGCAGAAGCUAUUGAUACAGGACAAGGAGGUGAACCUGGAACAGGUGCACCGUCGUAUGAACAGUCUUUUGGACGAGGACCUUGCCCACAAGCAGAUCCCCGGCCACUCUAUCGAGAUCUCUGCGUUGGACAUCGGCAGCAUGCAGCCCGGCCCGGCCUGCUCCUCACUGAGGGUGGGAGGGAGGGAGUCCAUGCGGGACUAUCCGUCCUCGGGCCUCUCUGUGACCACCUACCUCCCCGGGGGGGAGGGGGGCCCUCAGCUGCCUCCGUCGCUGUCGCUGCCCCACAGCCUCCCUCACCCUCACCAUGGGGGGGGCACGCUGGGCCGGACAGUGGGCCACUCCCAGGCGCUGCUCCCUGGCAGCUCCACGCUGGGGCCGCCCACGCAUCACCCUCUCAGCAGCACAUCCAUCAGCGGCACCAUGCAGUGCAAACACAGGGCGCCCAACGGGGGGUUGUUCCGCCAGAGCCCCGGCAAGAAUCCCAUGCCAAUGUCCUACCAGGGAGUCUCCGGAGGACCCAUACCCGAAGCCAUUGACCCCGCCCACAGCACCUCCAUAUGAGAAAGGGGGGGUUGACCCCGCAAGCAGCACAUCCAUAUGAUAGGAGGAGGGGGAGAUUGACCACAUCAUGUCCAUAUUACAGGAGAAAGGAAAGGGGAGGGGUCAAUGAUCGACCCCGCCCACAUCCCUUCUAUAUAUAUUAGGAAGGGGUACGGCGUUCGGUGUGGUUCAGGUCGGGGUCUACGUAGGGCUUAGUGGACCCCCAUUAAUGAUGGUGGGAUGGGGGGGUCGGAGAAUGUGUUUGUGUUUGUGGGGUGGGGGGGUGCGGUGAGGGUGUAGUAAAGGAAAAUUAUUAAAAAGUGUACAAUAUUCUAAGAUUUUUAUUACUCAUUGAGAACUACCACUGUUGCUCUGGUGUUGGGGGAGGGGGUGGGAUACAGGCUGUGGCUGUACCUUUUUUCCUGUAUAUAUUUGUAAAUACUGACAGAACGAAGUGAAGUUAAAAGUGUAUUUUGAAUAUUCUCGAUUUUUGGAGUUAUAAAAAAAACGACAAAAACACAAGAUGAUUUAAAAAAGGCAAAAAAACGACAUGUAAAUUGAUUAAAAAUGAUGACUGUUUGAAUGGCUUUGUAAAUUUUGUUCAAUAUUAAAUAAUGACGCGGAAUUCAUGGUGAUUGUUUUUCUAAGUGCCGAAAUCAGAAACGAUGUCUCAACAAGUCGCUAAUCGAUUCCCACUGCACCCCUGGUACCACUAUCUCUAUCUCUUCCCUGUCACACUGUAUUACGCUAAAAAAAAAAGGUUGUGGGUCAGUUUUUUGUUUUUUUCUGUGAAUUCGAAUUCUUUCAUUUCAUUCUUUAAAAAAAGGUUUUCUUUGCAAUGCAAAUAUACAAAAAUGUAAACUCAUUUGGUUAGAUUUUUUAAUUUGUUAGUUUAAGCUAAAGCUGAAAACUGUUUUUCUAGGUGCUCCCCAUUGAUGUGUCCUCGAGCCCCAGAUCUCUCUGCUGGAUCCCACAGUCUUAUAUGUUUAAAUAGAUUAUUUCUGUACCCUGACAUAACUGCUGAGUAUGGAGCAAUGGAGAGGUGUGAAAAAGUGAGGGAAAUGUUUUGGCAAACGAAAGAAUUGAAGAAAUUGGAAAAGACUCACAGGCUUGUAAAGGUGGGAUUGUGACCAUAAAUGACCACCGGGGAAUUUCAGUACCUUGAACUGGACUAAAGAUGAUAAUGAAACAAUAUAGAAAUUAACAAAUGGCACGCAGAAACCUAAAAACAUAGUUGUUAUUGCUCCUACAAGACCAUUAAAAGGAGAUAGGCAUGCCAAGUAGCGAUGUUAUCUAUUCAAUUCCUCUGAAUGCAGAAGGAAGUAGGGAGCAGAACAUCCAAUCUUAUGAUAUUUUUUCUCUAACUCAAGGAUGUAAAGGUGUGUCUCUUAACAAGGCACGCAGCAAAGCUAUUUUCACAGAGAGAGAAAGACAGAAAUAGUGACUAAUAUUGCAGGCUCUUACUGCUAAUGAGGGCAGUAAUCACCUAUGGAGAUGAAAGAUGGCUGCUCUCCAAAUCUUAGAUGACUGCCUUGCAGCUGGCAUCCCUCGGUCAUGCUACAGUCCAUGAGAGUAUGCUAGUAAAAUUAUUUUAUUCAAUAUUGCUGUCCUAUCCUUUCUUUUUCCUGAAACCUUGAAUGAAAUGAUAACAGAAUCUACUUUAUUUUGUGCUUUUCAUGAUCACGAUUAACAUGCAGUUAAGACCUUUAAAGGUUUUUACAUAUUUCUUCAUGAUCAUCAUUUCUUUCUUCGAUUUUAAUUGCUAUGUGGUGUCCUGCUAUAAAGCAAGCUGGCUAUGAAGUAUUUGUUUAAAUUCUUCCCUUCAUGAAUUGUUGCCCUUUAGAAGUACUACAAUGAUUAAUGGCAGCGUCUGUAACAAUCUAGGAUAAUUUGUUUGUUUAUGUUCAAACAGGCAGUAUUUUUAUAGUAAUUAAAUAUUAUUGAGGCAAUACAACCCUGGACAGACUCGAUGGAUUUGGUAUCUGGAAUUAACAAAAUCAGGUUUCUGCAUUUAUACCUAAAUUGUAUUUUAAAAUUCCAUUCAUCAUAUUUACUAUAUAGUAUACUAUAUAUUUACAGUAUACUAUAGACUAUAUAGUAUAUGUUUAUUAUGUUACUAUAUGUAUAUGUUUUUGUGUCAAACAGCCUUCUGCUUCAUUUCGGUCAUCGUUGUAUUCGUCCAAACUAUGUGGGAAGUCACUAAUUUACUUACCCCUACUGUGGUACUCCUCUGCGCUUAUGUUGCAUUAUUUUUUAAGCAACUAUUGUGUUUUAUUUGGUGGACAGAUAAGGCAGAAAUGACCAAUACACAUUCUCAGUCAUAAUGCUUACCAGUCAAACUGUGUCCACUUCAAAGCAGUUUUCUCCCCUUUGUUUUUGUAAUUCAGCGCUGUAAAGGUCAGACCUUUCUGAACCUUAAACACAGCUAUCAUCUAACACUUGUAAAAUAUUACAUCUGUACAAAACGCACAAUUUGUAUGCGGCCAAACGCUAGUCAGAUAAAACUUUUCUUAAUCUGUAAACCAAUCCUUAACUCAUUUUGUAACAUUUCAGGUAUUUUACCGAAGCUAAUCUCGAGGUCCAGAGUUUGUGUUCCUCAAACUGAAGCGCUGACUGGCUAAGAGUGAGAACCACAUUUCUUUGUUAUUGUUUGAGGGAUUUUUUGUUUAUUAGCUUCGAAAAUUCUAUGUGUGCGAGACAUCUCUUGUAGCUGUUGAAUUUAGGGAAUUCAAAGUGUUAGAAUUGAACCCGGAGUUGAGUCAUUACACUGUUUCCCCCCUCCUCCCUUUCACCCCCUUCCCCCUACGGGAAAGGGAAAAUGAAAAUAAUCUGCCAUAGCAUAUAGUCUGUAACAGUACAUCCAAGGGAGACUAUUAGUUUAUUUAUGAAUAUGCUGCUUGGAGUUUCUUAAACUUUAAUAAAGAAAUAUGGUUUACAAC